AUGCCGCUAUUCAACAUCUGCGGUGUGACAUCAACGAAUAAGAUCUUCCAAGUUGCGGCUAUCUUCCUCAGUGGCGAGACCGAGGCCCAAUACAGCUGGGCUAUCAUGAUGCUAUAUCGUCUUCUUCUCGAGAGCAAAAUCCCGAUGCCAAAGGUCACUAUCACUGACCGAGAUCUCGCCCUCAUGAAUACUUUCUCUCGUCACCCGGUCCUCGACAAAGUCCCACAUAUUCUCUGCCGUUGGCACAUCAAUAUAAACAUGCUCGCCAAAACAAAGCAGCACUUCCCCAAGGCCAGCUACGACGCCCGUACGAGGAAGACUAUACGUCAUGCUAAGUUCCAAGACUUCCUGAAGGCUUGGAAUAGCAUCGUAUAUAGUCCUACGGUUCAUGAUUACGAGAAGCGAUUAGAGCAGUUCAAGCGCCCCGGCGCUCAUCCUGACGCCGCAGUUCUGUAUUGUCUCAAUACCUGGCUUAUCCCUUGGAAGGAGAAAGUCGUUCGCUGCUACGUGGAUCAACAUCGCCACUUCGGGUUCACGACGACCUCGGUGGUUGAGUCUCUUCACUCGAGUAUAAAGCGGUGGCUCUGUACGAGCACUGGGGAUCUCACAACCGUCUUCCAGCGACUUUGCGUCUUCUGGCAACACCAAGAUGCCUCCAUCGCCACGCAGCAACUCCAAGGCAGGAAUAAGAUGCUGACGAUCACGAUGCAGCUCCUGUAUAUCCUCAUCCGAGAUCAGAUCAGCCCAACAGCCCUCCGCCUCAUCGCCAAAGAGCACGCCGAGCUCGAUCGUGACCUCUCGAAGUCGCCCAAAGGCACCUGUUAUCCCUGCCCGAUCGUCACCGCAUACGGGCUGCCGUGUAAGCAUAUGAUUUGGCGCCGGCUGCAUCAGAAGGAGCCUAUCCCGCUAGAUGAGGCAAAACAGCCGGAGGUGCCUUUAGAGCCUCAUAUCAUAAAGGGAAAAGGCAGACCAAAGGGCACCAUCGCCACCGAGAAGACCGCAGCCCCCGGAAGCACCCGUCGCGACCCCAGUCUCUUUAAACGCGUAGAGGCCCUCGAGACCGCCGAAGCGAGGGCAUCACGAGCGCCUCCUUCUACAGCCCCAGCUACCAUACAAGCUGCGGCUUCCUCUUCGUUAUCUACACCAUCUAAUACGACUCUUGGGCUUCGUCAGGUUGCUGAUAAUGACUUAUAUGAGCCCGGCACACAGAUGCAACGCUCAUACCAACGAGUCUUCCAACAUCUCGAAGAUACAGACGAUGUAGGCGCCUCAUCUGACGCCCCGAUCUGCCUUGACGAUAACGCCCCUCGAGAACUCACGCAGAAUACGGCGGCCGGCAUCGCGAUGGCGGCCCUCGCGGCUUUGGAAGGGAUUGGACUUGAUGGGGGUGAACCCGAAGACCUGAACCUUGAAGCCGCAGUGCAUUUUGAGGGGCGACUUGAUCAGAAGGCACUGGAAGUCGAUCAGGAGUGGGUAGAUGAGUUUGACGGCUAA